AUGGGACAAUGUUAUGGCAGUAAAUCUGUGGCUCCGGAGUCUGACACCCCAGAGAGAAUCAGCAUCACAUCUGGAAGUUUCGAGUCAGAGAAACAACAAAGAAACAAACUAUCGAAAGAGUCCCUGGGAACUGGACAGAUGACGUUCACGUUGGCACAUCUCAAGUCCUUGGAGGUUUGCCUGAAGGAAGCGGAAGAAAAGGCUAAAGCCUUAUCUGAGCAGCUUUCAGCCUCUGAAGAAACAAAGUCAAAACUUCUGGAGCAAAUUUCCUGGCUGGAGGCAAAACUAAAGGCUCUGGACCACAAGGAACACAGUGGGGAACCAUACGAAAAAAUGGUUCUUGAAAAAGACCAGUACAUUGAGAAAUUACAAGCUGAAGUGAAAGCUUCCCAGGAGGAACUCACAGCCCAUAAACUAAAGCACAAAAGGAAACUGAAAAAGCUACAAACAGAUUUGGCAACAGCUAAGCAAGAGGCUGCCAUCACAGCCCUGGAGCUCAAUGAGAAGAUAAAGGCUCUGUGUGAAGGAAAGCCAGCCCCUAGAGAAGACAACUCACCGGAAGAGUCCUGUGGCAGUCUCCCGCCUGUGGAAGAAGGUGAUCGGAGAAUGAGCCUGAUUAUGGAGUUGUCAGCCCAGAUUUCCCUUCAGACUGAGAAGAUCACUCAGCUGCAAGAAGUUUUAGAGGAAAAGGAAAGGAAGAUUCGGCAGCUGGAAGCUGAGCGGGGGGCUCAUCCUGCCCAAGAGGCCCAGGACUCUCCAGAAUGUUUACAAGAAGCCCCAAAUUUAUUUAAUAACAGCCUUAGUUCUGUCGUCUCUGAUAAGGACAUGUAA